GGAAUCGAUCGAUUCCUCUUCUCCUGCCAGUUGACUCUGCAAAGCUUGUCCCCAAGUCUGUACAGAAAUUUCCAAGUAGCGGACAGUGGCAGAAGGCGGGGACAGAGAUUCCACCGCUCACGCAACCAUGUCGACGGAGACGGUGGUGCCCGCGAAAGUGGCUACCGGUAGCACUGCCAUGAAGCUGUUGAUCUAUGGGCGCACGGGUUGGAUCGGCGGGUUGUUGGGCAAGCUGUGUGAGGAGCAGGGCAUUCCGUAUGUGUAUGGCUCGGGUCGCUUGGAGGACAGAGCUGCUUUGAAGGCUGAUAUCGUGGCAGCCAAGCCUACGCACGUCCUCAAUGCCGCGGGCGUGACCGGAAGACCGAACGUGGACUGGUGUGAGAGCCACAGGGCGGAGACGAUUCGCGCGAACGUGAUCGGAACCCUAAAUCUUGUCGACGUGUGCAAGUUGCAUAACCUGCACGUCACCAACUUCGCGACCGGAUGCAUUUUCGAGUACGAUGCCGCGCAUCCCCUGGGCUCUGGCGUUGGCUUCACGGAGGAGGAGAGGGCGAACUUCGCCGGCUCCUACUACUCGUUCACUAAGGGCAUGGUGGAAGAGCUUCUGAGAGUGUACGACAAUGUCUUGACUCUGAGGGUCCGAAUGCCGAUAACCUCGGAUUUGAGGAAUCCUAGGAACUUCAUCACGAAGAUCACGAUGUACGAGAAGGUGGUGAACAUCCCGAACUCGAUGACAGUGCUGGACGAGUUGCUGCCUUACGCCGUUGAGAUGGCCAGGAGAGGAUUGACAGGCAUCUAUAACUUCACCAAUCCGAAGCCAAUCAGCCAUAACGAGAUAUUGGAGUUGUAUAGGGAUUACAUCGACCCGAGUUUCAAGUGGACGAACUUCACGCUGGAGGAGCAGGCAAAGGUCAUCGUCGCGGCGAGGAGUAACAACGAGCUCGACAUGACGAAGAUGAAGAAGGAAUUCCCUGAAAUGCUCGACAUUCGGGAUUCGCUCAUCAAGUACGUCUUCGAGCCUAACAGGCGGGUGCCGAAAGAGGCGGCAACGACGAAGCUGGCCGCGGUGCAAGCGUCCGACUCUGUCGUUGUCACCUCCUCGGAUGCUGCUAGCAAUGGCCAUGUGGGAACUGUGUCCUGAAUUGUUAACCUCCCGUUGUCGUUUUCCUUCUCGUCCUCGGAAUGCUGUUGUUGUCUUCUUCCCUGAUAAAGAACGCCAAGCUGUUUACGAAAGCACUUUUCGUUUCCGCAUUAUGUUGGGUUCGUUCGUCAAUAUCUAUUUUUGUCCCUAACUCUGUUGCCCAAAGAGAGAGAGAGAGAGAGAGAGAGAGAGAGAGAGAGAGAGAGAGAGAGAGAGAGAGAGAGAGAGAGAGAGAGAGAGAGAGAGAGAAGGGCGCAUUUCCGAAUGCAAUGUUUGUGCCCUGGUGGGGAGACGAAGCGAUUAGAGGGGUAGUGAAAAGUGUGGAGUAGUCGAAAUUGUUGUCGGUGUUUCGUGUGGUGCCAUGGUGGAACGACCACCACCACCCUUUCUGCUGGUCGAGGAGUGCAUUGCCGGAAGCUUACAUUGUCAAUCCUUACUGAUCAUCGUGAUGGUGAAAUCAACGCAGCGUAAAUACUAGGUAUUUACUGCGCUGCGCGUAGCUGAGUGGCGGAGAAGUGUUGCAGGUUGAUAGCUUGCAGCGGUCAUCAUCGCGGUUUUGUUGUGCUGACCGCUGUCUAGUCGGAUCGGGUGCAGGUCUCGGACUACCUUUAGGUCGAGCGGUGAUAGGAUCGGUCGACCGAGCGAGCGCUCGAGGGAUAGGAAAGACCGAAUGAGUGGGAUCUAAUUGCCGAAGCUAAGCAAUUGAUGGGCUUUACUACCAGGGAUGACCGAAGUUAAGCAGUGGAUUGGCUUCUGUCUGUUGCCAGUUUGCGAAUAUCGCUGAGCGUUCAAGGCGGUGCUGGGAGAAGAGUGGGUGAAGGCGGAGGUGCGUUCUGCGACGGAUUGUUUUUUUUUUUUUUUUUUUUUUUUUCUGUUUACAUUGUGUUCUCUUGUCAAUCAUAUUUGGCACGCCGAAUCGAAAAAAUAAGUGCCGUCUAACUGUGGUUCACUCUUUUUUUUUUUUCUUUUCAUUAUUAUGGAUUUUCACCUUUGAAGGAUUCUCGCUGUGGAAUUUUGAUUUUUGGACUUUCGCUUUUCUGUUUUCCUAUUUUGGAAUGUCUGCUUUUCGGUUUUCCUCUUUUGGUCCAGUGUAACCGUCGAAGCUGGGUAGUUGCUGCCAGUAAUGUUUCGCCGUGUAGAGUGUGAGGACCCCGGCCAUCAAAUGAACUGGAUGGAAUGAA